AUUUAGGAUAAAAAGAAAUUAAACUAAGCGAAUAUUAUGAUGGGGUGACCAUAAUUUGCGCACAUUUUAAAAAUUCACAUGAAGUUGAAUUUCAAUUAAAACUUUCCCACAGCUAGUUCACACAAAAUUAAUCAAAAUUAUCAAUACCAGACGGAAGGCAAGAUCCCAAAGUCAAAUGUGCUUGACGGAACUAUAAAGUAGGUCAAGGGUUUUGCUCGUAUCGCGAUCUCUAAAUUCCAUGGCGAUCGACUAGUGCGCGCUCAGCUGAAAAGUGUCUAAAAAAAGUGAGACCUUAAUUUGCGCAUGGUCGUUUUGCAAAGCUUUUAGGAAAGAAAUCAAGCAGACAAAGGUAUAUCAGGAGUUGUGGUGGUGCCAAUUACUAGGCCUGAUCUCUUCUUCACAGAGUAGAGCUCGAUCAGUAAACCAUUGUCGUACUGACUUCCUAGUUGGAUGAACAACUGCCAGCAGCCAACACCUCAAUGGCGAUAGAAGUGGCAGAUAUUGUUGAGCGAUUUGCAGAGUCUUUCCAGAAAUUCAUGGAAAAGGCACAACUCUCAUCAUCUAUUUCCAUGGUGAUAGACGAGAGUGUACUUGCAGACCUUGAUGUCAAGCCUUCAUUGCUACAGAGUAGUGUGUCAGUGCUCAUACAAGACUUACAGGAUCUUCAGAAGAUGUGUGCUUCCACAAACUCUGAUGAAAAGUCAGAUGAUAACCCAGUGCCAAGUUGCAAGGAACGAGGAGAGCUUCCAAAUAAUGAACCAAUAAAUCUUGAUCCAGAGGUCAUCCAAAUAACAGCAGACAAUAAGGAGAUAUAUCGGAGGAUCCAAGCAUUUAUAGAUCGCAAGCAGACGGAGAAGGAUGAUACAAAUCGCAGGGAGUUUUGUCCUAAGAUGCCCCAAACAACAGGAACCUCUUGUGCUCGGACUGAUGCUGUGUUCACAUCACAGACUGGUGGAAAGAGCCAUAUUAAAGUAUCUCAGGUAGUAAAUAAAUAUGGACCUCAAACAAGACCGGCUCUGAUCAUGAAGCCACAUGUAAGACCAGUUAAAAGAGAUCGGAUUGCAAGAGAGACCUCUGGUACUAAUGGCCCUGCUGGCCCAGUGACAGGAGUAGAGGAAAGGCUACACAACAUGGAGUCCUUUCUCAAAGUGAAAACUGGUUCCAACUCUUCAGGGGACAUUUUUCAAAGACUAAAGCAUCUGGAGAAAAGAUUAUUACACCUAGAGAGUAUCUCUCCUGAAUAUGCAAACUUAUCAGCUUCAAUGGCCAAGACAGAGAGGGGAGAUAGCCUUGGGAAAGAGCAUGCACAAGACACAGCGGUCCAUGAUAUUGAUGUCAGGAUUAAGGAACUACAGAGGUCACUCAGAAUAAAGAAGGCCAGGAUUGAGACCACGGAUAAAACAGAGACCUGACCUUCAUCGAAGCAACCAUUGUCCUAGAACUAAACCAGAGUCAUCUCAAUGUAUGGACUGGUCAUGGAUCAAUGCUGUCGAUCCCCAGUGCUGUUUUGGCUUGACCGGUUCAUCAAUGGUAUUAUAGCCUACAGUACAGUGCACCAAUGUUCAAUGGGGGUGGAAUCUUCAAGCUAAGAGGUAGUACAAAAAAUAUUAAGGAAAAAAUGUAGACAAACAGAAUGCAUUCUAGCACUAAGACAGGAACAUGGCCUGAGUGAAUUGAGAUGUGCUACUUUUCCAAGACUUGACUAUCCAAGAGAGUUUUAGCAUGAACGAAAGAGAAAUCUAGCUUUCCCAGAGUUAGGAAGUACAUAAUUUCAUGGAAUGGUCCUAACAAGUACCAUCUUUAAGAAUUGAGGAUUGU